CGCUGUGCCCAUCCCAAGGUGAUGUUUUGGUGGAGAAGCAGCGCCAAAGGCAACACCGCAAUCUCGGAAAUUGGAUGGCACUGCUUCACACUUGGUCUUCUUCAUGUCGCAGCUUAAUAUGCGCACUCUCUCUCUCAGUCUGAGAUCGUCGGCUCUUCCCUUCACCUGCUCUUUCCGCUUCCCUCCUCCCUCUUCCGUCAGACCCUUCCGCCGUUUUCAUUUCCUCAGGCCAUGUUCCUCUCUCAAGCAGACCAAGAAGCAACCCUCUCUCCGCCGCUCUCCCAGUUCCACUGCCCCGCCGCCGCAUAGUGUCCGCUGGUUCUUCAGCCCGAAACCCGGCAACGGCGGUGGCGAUGGCGAUGGCGACGGUGACGACGAUGAUGCCAAAGCUGACGGGGAUACCGCCGUUAAAGGGACCCUCUUGGCCGGCGUUUUGUUGGUCGGUGUCGUCGGUGGCUUCGCUGGCGUUGGAUAUGUCUACAAGGAUCAGAUCAAUUUCUUCCUCUCUCAGUUCUCCGCUUUCAUCGAAGGUUAUGGUCCUGCUGGAUAUGCUUUGUUCGUUGCUGUGUAUGCUGGACUUGAGAUACUAGCCAUACCGGCCAUUCCAUUGACAAUGUCAGCGGGUCUUCUUUUUGGCUCUUUCAUCGGCACCAUUAUAGUUUCUAUAAGUGGAACUGUGGCUGCCAGUGUUGCAUUUCUGAUUGCCAGAUAUUUUGCUCGCGAACGAAUCCUUAAGCUUGUUGAAGGCAACAAGAAAUUCCUAGCCAUAGACAAAGCAAUUGGUGAAAAUGGGUUUAGGGUUGUUACCCUCCUUCGCUUGAGUCCUCUGCUUCCAUUUUCUCUUGGAAAUUAUCUAUACGGUUUGACAUCUGUGAAGUUUGUGCCGUACGUUCUAGGAAGCUGGUUGGGAAUGCUUCCAGGAACAUGGGCUUAUGUCAGUGCUGGUGCUUUUGGACGAGCUAUAAUCCAAGAAGAAUCUGAUGUGGGCUUGCCGGGGGGAAAUGGGCAGCUGUUGACACUUGGGUUGGGUUUGUUGGCUACUGCGUUAGCGGCAACAUAUGUGGCACGCCUCGCAAAGGACGCUGUGAAGGAUAUCGAUGAGUAAAGCUCCAUCUGCUGGUAGUAGGAUAGCACAUGUUACCUUUGGAGGCCAUUGUUACCAAAUUAUAUGGAAUGUGGAAGGUGGCUUAUCUAUUGGUAUGCCCUUGUUUAGUAGAUAUGGUGGUGGUGGGUGGGGUGUGUCAAGUCCUCAGUUCCUCCUGUCCUGUCCUGCCCGCCUGCUUAUUCAUGCCACUUGUGAGACCCAACAAUUCUCAUUCUGAUAGUGAAAUCCAACAAAAAAAAAAUUCCUAAACUCCUCCGACCCCCAUCUCUCAUGUUUCUCCACAUGACACCCCCCACAAAGUCUGUGUAUCAUAUGUAAGUGCGUAAGCCAUACCAGAGUUUUAAUUCUAUCAUUAGAAAUUGCGAAAGCAUCUUGGAUUAUCAA